AUGAACGUAGCAGAGGUCUUAUCCGAUCUGACGUCGCUACGUGCUUGUGACUACAAUGAUGCCAUCAACCUAGUCACAGUCAAUGAAAGACUAGCGGCCUCGGAGACAGCGCCCAAGCCUGUAGAGGCAGAGGGGGUAAAUGAACACCUUCGUCUCGCAUCUGAACUAGUGGAGUUACACCAUGAGAUGAAGGCAGUCCACAAAGAUGGCCGAGUAGACGACCAGCUGCGCCGUGGAAGGGAGGAGGUGAACCGUGUCUUGCGGGAGCUGGCAACCUAG